AUGGGAAACCAAUGGUGGAGAGUUGACCUGGAGGAUGCGUACUGCUUGACAAGCAUCACUAUAGUCAACAGGAUUGAUCAGGGUUGGCGACUGGCAGGUGCUGUAGUACGGGCUGGUUUGAGUCCAGAUCGCCCCCAGAAUACACAGAUAGGAGAUGCAGUCACAAGUACCCAAGCAAUUGACGGAGCAACGAUUCCUUUCACAACGAACCCGGCCAUCUCUGCCAGAUACGUUAGUGUUGAACUGUCCGGGAAAUGCCUUCAUAUGGCUGAAGUCAGGAUUGAAAUCGUGACAGAAAACGUGAUUACAAACGUAAUGCAAACAAAUGUCGAUGCUACUAGUAUGACAGUCAGCUGGUCUACAGUGCCCUGUGCUGAUCAUUACAGCGUGCAGUAUGCCCUGACCAACAGAGAUAACUGUGAAAGCAUCAGUUCACCAGCGUAUAGUAGCCACUGCAUGUGUCAGAGAAGCACAACUACUAUAACAAGUCUGAUGCCAAACUCCGGGUACACUGUACGAGUCAAGGCUUAUGUAAAUGGUGCAUACGGACCAAUAAAAACAGCAAGCGUCACAACCGCAUCAUCAGCACCGACUGGGCCUCCCACUUCUGUGACACCUGAAUCUCAAGCCCAAAGCAGCCUAGCCUUCUCCUGGAGCCUCCCAGCGUGUGGAAACCGAGGCGGCGUCAUCACAGGAUACGUCUAUAGCCUUAGUACAAGUGGCGCUGCACCAGUGACUGGUCAGACUACAGCUGGUCUGUCUGGUGGAGCAGUUACAAUAGCUGGACUUACUCCCUAUACUUCUUACAGUUUUCAAGUUGCUGCAAGGACUAAUGAUGGGACUGGACCGUACAGUGCGGAUGUAACAUCAAGAACGCAAGAAGCAGUUCCUGGACCUGUUGGGAAUCUUAACUUCACAGAGAGGACAGAGACAUCAAUCACUUUGGUCUGGGACCCACCACUGCAACCUAGAGGACCAAUCAUCGGUUAUGUAGUAGAUUAUCGUAUCUUGGAGAGGUCUUAUCAACCGGACUUCACAGCAGGGGAUACAUACGAAUUAGGCAGGGAGGCUCAGAAUUCACCUUUCACAAAAACCAACCUGGAACCUGGUACUAAAUACGAGUUUAGGGUGGUGGCGAAGAAUGAAAAGCUCACAGGAACUGAACACCAAAUGUUGGAUGUUUACACAAAGCCGAGAACAGAUCCAACUGCUCCACAACAACCGAAAACAUACGAAGAGGAAGCGACGAAUUCUACAGUAACAAUUGGUCUGGCAAACAUUGUCUCUGACGAUGAGUAUGUCAGCUCAUACGUUGUGCAUGUCAAGAGGACUGGUAGCAGGUCGAAGAGGGAAGCGCUCACUCCACAACGUUACGAAGACUCCGCCGGUGACUAUAUAUCAGCCGAAAUCCCCAAGCAAAACUUGAAAGAGAAAUUUGUCGUUGGGGACAAUGAAACCUACGGAUCGUACAGGAAUGCGCCGCUGCAAACAGGUGCUGAUUAUGAAAUUCGUGUGGGGUCUGUAAGCAAGGGCAAUGAUGAGGAGAUCUUCGUGACGUAUUCAGUGCCGAUAAACGUUACAGUGAGGCAAUACCAGGCUCCUGUUGAUCCAUCACCCUCGGCUGUUGUUCCAGCUGUAGUCGCGGUCAUUGUCGUUGUCGCUUUGGUGCUUCUCAUCAUAGUCGUGGUUUACAGACGGAGGCGAUCUGCACGCGCGAAAAAGCAAUCGGAUACCGAUGGACAACUGCAGUCUAUCAAUGAUUACGAAGCUGUAGUGCCCCCUGAAGAGCCUAAGCCAUCGACCACCAACACUUACAUGAACCAAGGUGCAGCGGGUGGGACAUGUGACUCGCCAUCCCUGAGAAAGCCCAAGCUUCUACCCAAGCCACAACAGCAACAGAGCGACCCGCCCAUAGACGGGCCCCAAGACCCUCCGGUAUCUUCCUCCAACAACAUCCGCAUUCACACGGCAGCAGUGGCUGGGACAUGUGACUCGCCAUCCCUGAGAAAGCCCAAUACUCUAUCCAAGCCUCGACAGCAACAGAGCGACCCGCCCAUAGACGGACCCCAAGACCAUCCGGCAUCUUCCUCCAACAACAUCCGCCUUCAGACAGCAGCAGUGAGUGGGACAUGCGACUCACCAUCCAUGCGAAAGCCUAAGCCCCCGCCCAAGCCACAACUACAAGAGACCAAACCGCCCCAACCAGCUCAACCCCCGGACGAACCUGGCGUGGCAUUCACUCCGCUUCCUCCUGUACGCUUGGAAGACUUGGAGAGCUACAUUAACAUGAAGGAAUCGGCAGGUGACAAAGGGUUCGAGGCUGACUACAAGACUCUUCCGAAUGAACAGCUACACCCGUGGACAGUUGCCUCGAAACCAGAAAACCGAAAGAAGAAUCGCUAUGUGAACGUGAUAGCUUAUGACCACUCCCGUGUUGUUCUCCAGCCAUUGGAGGGAAAUCCUCACUCGGAUUACAUCAAUGCUUGCUACAUCGAUGGAUACCACCAGGAAAAAAAAUACAUAGCUAGUCAAGGACCCAACCAGGAAUCUAUCAAGGACAUCUGGCGAAUGGUCUGGCAGUUGGGCAUCGAUAAGAUUGUCAUGCUCACCAAUCCGGUGGAAAAUGCCAAACGGAAGUGCCUGCAGUACUGGGCUGAUACCGGAUCUACCACCAUCUCGGACAUCGUAGUGAUUACAGACAAAGAGGAGGUUUUUCUGGAUUACACCAUUCGUAAUUUCAGCAUUCAUCCGGUUGGCAGUGAGGAUACGAGACUGGUGAAGCAAUUCCACUACACCACCUGGCCCGACAUGAAGCCGCCUGAGUACCCAGCACCAUUGCUCAACUUCAUGCGCGUGGUCAACGCUUACCAGAAUCCCGGUCAAACUGUCAUACACUGCAGUGCUGGAGUGGGACGCACUGGUACAUACAUUGCCCUGGAAGCAAUGAUGGAACAAUUGGCGAAAGAAGGACAAGUCGAUGUUCUUGGCUUCAUCUACCAAAUGAGACAAAAUCGCAUCAAGAUGGUCCAGACACCGGAGCAAUACAAGUUCAUCUUUGAUGCUCUGCUGGCAUCAUCUCAGACUGGUGACACGACCUACCAUGACCAGAACUUUCAACAAAAGCUGUCUGCACUGAAAAAGCCCGAGAGGGGUUCCAAGAGUACUGGGAUGACUAGACAGUUUGAGAUGUUAGGCAAAUGGAGUGUUCCUCAUGGAAGCAGUAAACCCAAGUCCGGACUUCGUCCUGAGAGCAUCGCUAAGAAUCGGUUCAAGGACUUCAUUCCCACUGACCGAGCCAGACCGUAUUUGAUGACACAAGUGCAUGAAGGUGACAACGAUUACAUCAAUGCAAACUAUCUGCCCAGCUACCGCAAGAAGAAUGGAUACAUCGGUACGCAGAUGCCCAUGCCGAGCACCGUCGUCGAUUUCUGGCGCAUGGUGUACGACCACAAAGUGACCAGCAUUGUGAUGCUGAACGCCCUGGAUCCAAAGGACAAAACAAUGGCUCGCUACUGGCCCGAGUCCGGACACAUUAAAUUCGGCCCUCUUGUUAUUGAGCUGAAUGAAACAGAAGAGUUCAAAGGAGUGUCUAGACGUACCUUUACUCUGCGUAACGAACAGGCUGAUUUCGAGACCGAAGAUACGCGAAGGGUGACUCAGUUCCAGUAUCACGACUGGCCAUCUGACAAGGAGGUACCGAGCUCCUUGGAUGGAAUGCUUUACUUACUGAGGGUUACUCAAGACAGCCGCCAGGAUAAGGGACUUAUCGUGGUCCAUUGCAAGGACGGAUAUGGCGCUACGUCUGUGUACUGCGCGUUGAUGGCGCUGUUGGAACAGUUCAAUAUCGAAAAAGCCGUGGAUGUGUUCCAAGCAGCUCAUCGUCUGCGCAUGGUCGACCCAAACAUGAUGUACUCGGAGCACCAGUAUGCCAUGUGCUAUGAUGUCAUCCAAGCAUACAUGAACUCGACCAGCAUCUAUGAGAACUUCACACCGGAAGGCCUGGUUGGAUAGUCAUCCAUCAUGGUGUGAACGGGAAGACAUCGACCAACAUAUUGUUUGUACAUUAGAAUAAAUUUUCAUGUAAAUGGUAGAAAACUAAGCAUCACGUAAAAACGUAC